UUCCACGCCCCCAUCUUACCGACGCGGACCCCGCCGGCCCCGAGGAUCCGUGACUGCCUGAGGGUCUGGAGGCUGACCUGCGCCCGGCUCCGUCACGGAGGAAGCGGCCCUGAGGCAAUUGCCGGCGCCCGAGGAUGCUCGCGGGCUCCCGGCAGGUGUCCGGGGAGAUGGCCGGAAGGUCGCGGCCCGGGGGCGGCCCCUCUCCCCGCUCAUCUUGUCUUUUCUCCUUUCGCCCGUGGACGCGCCGCGGCGCGGGGCCUUCUCCGGGAGGGCGCCUGGCACCGCGGCCCCAUCGGCCCCACCCGGGAGCCGGCCCGGCCUGGCCCCGUGACCCGGCCCGACGAGCGCGCAGAGCCGCGCGUGUGCCGCCGCCGCCCCGUCGCCACCGCGGGGACCCGGACCCGGAGCGGCCGCCAUGAGGUUCCGGUUCGCGGUGGUGGCGCCGCCCGCGGGGCCCGGGGCCCAGCCCGAGCUGCUGGUGGCGGGGUCGCGGCCCGAGCUGGGGCUCUGGGAGCCGCGCAGGGCCGUGCGCCUGGGGCCCGCGGGGACGGGGACCCCCGCGCUGCGCGAGCCCGGCCUGUGGGUCGGCGACGUGGAGCUGGCGCCCGAGGAGGCGCAGCCGGGCCGCGUGGACACGUUCUGGUACAAGUUCCUGCGCAGGGAGCCGGGCGGGGACUUCUGCUGGGAAGGAUCCUGCCACGCCUCUGGCUGGGCAGCUGUCCUCGCCAGGUGGAGCACGUGACCAUCAAGAUGAAGCACGAGCUGGGCAUCACGGCCGUGAUGAAUUUCCAGACUGAAUGGGAUGUGGUCCAGAACUCCUCCGGCUGCAACCGCUACCCAGAGCCCAUGAGUCCGGACACCAUGACCCGGCUCUACAGGGAGGAAGGCCUGGCCUACGUGUGGAUGCCCACGCCGGACAUGAGCACUGAAGGCCGGGUGCAGAUGCUGCCCCAGGCGGUGUGCCUGCUGCACGCGCUGCUGGAGAACGGGCACACCGUGUACGUGCACUGCAACGCCGGCGUGGGCAGGUCCACGGCGGCCGUCGGCGGCUGGCUGCGGUACGUGCUGGGCUGGAGCCUGCGGAAGGUGCAGUACUUCCUCAUGUCCAAGAGGCCGGUCGUGUACAUCGACGAGGACGCGUUGGCCCGGGCAGAAGGGGAUUUCUUUCAGAAAUUUGGGAAGGUCCGCUCCUCCAUUUGCAGCCCAUAGCUGCCAUCUGUCUCCCUCCCUCCUGGUUUUCCGAUGGUGGCUGGGGCAAAGAGGGGCAGGCGAGCAGAGACAAAGCCUUUCCCUAGAGCAGAGCUGCUCUCUUGCUUGUGCUGGGCAGCGUCGUCUUUGAAGUGUUUCACAAAGGAAGCAGACUGAGUAGAGUCGAAGGCAGCUGGGCUGUGUCGUGGCAUUCCAGCCCGAGACAAGGGGUGACGGGGGCAGUUCCCGCUGCCUGGAGGCAACGAGGCGCCUGCUUUGCAGACUUGGCACCUGUUUUAUUGUGAGUUCAUGGCUGCACUUCCUGUUGCCUCGUAGCUGUUGGGCUUGCAGAGGAAAGCGCUAGGGAUUUUUUCAUUCGCACACGUGUGGAUGCACACAUGCACACACAUACACACACAAGUAUUGUGUUUCUGCCGAAUUGAACUGAUGUCAUAAAAUGGCAGUUGCUAAUGAAGGGACUAAGAGUUCAGCCUGGACAGGGACAAAUGAGAGCUCAGUGUGGCUGAGAGGCAGUGGCCACCGGACUUGGCGUGUGUGUCCUGCAUCACGGUCACUGAAGUCCGGGCAGGCAGCCCCUUCUGCACCCACCCGGCUGUCUUGUGUGGUGAGCAGAGAGCCAUCUGCCCUUCCCCCACUCUGUCACUCUAUUUUGUGUUUCAGUUGAGCCUCCAAGAGCACAGUUGCUUGCACAAGAGCUGGGCAUGAUCACCGUGUUUAUUUGACUCUUAGCUCAGUCUCUUUUCCAUGCAAAGGUGCAUCUCCAAGCACAGGGCAGCGACUUCAGCUUUCCCCUGGGAGUGUGCCCUGAAUUGCAGCUGCAGUUUCUGAGCAGUGGCCAAGGAUGGUAGGAAAGUAGCUUCACUUUGUACAACCUACUUUGAAACAUGGUGGCCAUCUCGAGGUCCUCCAGGCCUGAGUCUUAGUGCCCAGGAGGGUGGCAUCACCAAAGCGGCCGAAUGGCCAGGCCCAAGGGGGUGGUUCCGCAGCUCAGGGUCAGUCUCGGCUCGGCCCUCAGUCCCCUGCAAUCCACGGUGACUGUGCCUCCAGACAUGCAGGCCACAGCUCAGGCUCUGUUCAGAAGCAAAGGAGAAGAAGACUUGGCCUUCAGCCUGUGGCCCAGGAGCAGACCUGGGCUUGCCAGGUACAGCCCAAGGCAGGGCCUUCUGCUCUGGGCCCCUUAGGUGCCUUACAAUCUUCCCUCAUUUAAUCUUCAUAGCACCCUGGGAGGGAAGCUCUGUUGUCUCCAUCGUGAAGUGAGGAAUUGAGGCUCAGGGUGUGUACGUCCAGUGCCUGUGGUCACGCAGGGAGUAGACAGAAGAAUUGAGAUGCAGAGCCCAUCUUGUCUGAAUCAGAGCUCAGCUCCUUUUCCUUCAGGCUGCAGUGCUUACACAUCCUUCUCCUACUUCUCUCCGGCCACAGAUGCUUACUGAUGAAUGUGAGGGGCUCUGGUUUAGGAGGUAUGAGGGUGAGAAGGACACGAGGUAUGUUCUAGUGGAGUUCAGAGAGGAUGGGAUGAUUUGUAACUGUGGGGAGAUGGCCUCUGAUUUGGGUAGAGGAGAAGAGAUAGGAUGCAUCUCUUUAAAAGUUAACUUUAUAAAUCAGCAUUGAAUGAGGUGAAGUCUGUAUCUAGCUCCCUUUGAAAGAACCCAUUUACAGCCAGAAUGUGUUGUGGAAAAUUUAAUCUUAAAAAUGGAAUAUUUCGAACUAAUUAUAUACAUGGCUUUAAUGUCUAAGAAAUUCAGUUCUUUUCAUGAUAAACAGACCUCCUUGGGUGGAUUUUUCCCUUUUUUUUUUGCUCUGAUAAAUCAGUUUAGGGCUACUAAAGAAUGUUUUGGAAUAAUGUAUGUUGUUCUCCAUGAAUGGCAUGUCUAAUGUGUUUUGAAA